AUGGCGGAAGCUGUUGCUGCUGGAUACAUCGACGUUUUCCUGUAUAUUCCCGAACUUGAGCUGGGCAUCGUCAAGUCUGAUGCUCUUGUUCAUGCGGUGGAGAAUGGCAACCCGUUGCUGCUGAAGACGCUUCUCCACGCCGUCCACAAUGCGCCCGUGCGCCCAGAAGUCAAAAAGCAGAAGCUGAUCGACGCACUUGUUCGUGCCAUUCUUAUCCGAGACGGCGAAAUUGCGCAGCAGCUUCAUGAGGAUUCUCUGCUUGAUUGGGAUUGCUUUGAGACGAUCGUCUCCGGCGAGAACAAGAUGACGGUUUGCCAGUGGGCCCAAUGGCUGACCGACGACCUCGAAAAGAAAGAGAAGUCCGUCCCCGACUGGCUGAAUUUCAAGAAACCCGGCGUCGCUGCCCCUGAAGCC